AGGAAAUGAUGCAAGUUAAUUUCUGUUUGAAGUGCUCAGAAAUGUGGUGCCUUGGAAAGGGAAAUUUUCUGGACCUGAGAUAUAUUACUACUCACACUUACGUCUGGCUCAAAAUACAGGUGAGCAAAUUCAACAAGAGUGAAAAUAUGUUCUGCAGAUCUUCUUAGGCACUUUACUACACAGGAGAAACUGUAAGCUCAGAAUUUGAAACUUCAGCAUAUCCUUAAUGAGGAUACGACUGAAAUAAAACUACUUCCAAGGAUGACAAAGAAGACAACAGACCCAUGCCAAACAAAGGAGACCAUGGACUAGGAAAUGAGAAGUUCAAACCUGUGGUACCUUGGCCUCAUGUUGAAGGUGUGGAAGUGGACUUGGAAUCCAUUCGAAGGAAAAAUAAGGCAAAAAAUGAACUAAAUCAUCAUGGUGGUGAUAACAAACAGCAGAACAUCAUCCAGAGGCAGUAUCUCACAUUUAAACCUCAGACAUUUGUAUACCCAGAUCCUGUUUUACGACCUGGAGUCCUUGGUAAUUUUGAACCCAAAGAGCCUGAGCCUCACGGAGUUGUUGGUGGCCCUGGAGAGGAAGCAAAGCCAUAUGUUUUAGGACCAGAUUACAAAGAAUCCAUUCAAGCCAGCAUUAAAGAGUUUGGGUUUAAUAUGGUGGCCAGUGAUAUGAUCUCACUAGAUCGGAGCGUUAAUGACUUGCGUCAAGAAGAAUGCAAAUACUGGCACUAUGACGAUAACCUGCUCACCUCCAGCGUUGUCAUUGUCUUCCAUAAUGAAGGAUGGUCCACGCUCAUGAGGACAGUCCACAGUGUCAUUAAGAGAACACCAAGGAAAUACUUGGCAGAAAUUGUGCUGAUUGAUGAUUUUAGCAACAAAGCUCACUUACAGGAGAGGCUGGAUGACUAUAUUAAGCAGUGGAAUGGCCUUGUAAAGGUAUUUCGAAAUGAGAGGAGAGAAGGUUUGAUCCAAGCUAGAAGUAUUGGAGCCCAGAAGGCUAAACUUGGGCAGGUUUUGGUUUACCUUGAUGCCCAUUGUGAGGUGGGAAUUAAUUGGUAUGCACCACUUAUAGCUCCUAUAUCUAAGGACAGAACCACAUGCACUGUGCCGCUUAUAGAUGUCAUAGAUGGCAACACUUAUAAGAUUGUGCCCCAAGGGGGUGGUGACGAAGAUGGGUUUGCUAGAGGAGCGUGGGAUUGGAGUAUGCUAUGGAAGAGGGUUCCCUUGACCAAGAAAGAGAAGGAAAGCAGAAAGACAAAAACUGAACCGUAUCGAUCCCCUGCAAUGGCUGGUGGAUUGUUUGCCAUUGAACGUGAUUUCUUCUUUGAACUAGGUCUCUAUGAUCCAGGGCUUCAAAUUUGGGGUGGUGAAAAUUUUGAAAUUUCUUACAAGAUCUGGCAGUGUGGGGGAAAACUGCUGUUUGUUCCCUGUUCUCGUGUUGGACACAUCUAUCGUCUCCAGGGCUGGCAAGGGAAUCCACCCCCUGUGUAUGUUGGGUCUUCUCCUACAUUAAAGAACUACGUCAGAGUUGUAGAGGUAUGGUGGGACGAAUACAAAGAUUACUUCUAUGCCAGUCGGCCGGAGACAAAAGCGCUACCCUAUGGAGAUAUAUCUGAGCUGAAAAAAUUCCGUGAAGAUCACAACUGCAAAAGUUUUAAGUGGUUUAUGGAAGAAAUAGCAUAUGAUAUAACUUCAUAUUAUCCCUUACCAUCUAAAAACGUGGACUGGGGAGAGAUUAGAGGCUUUGAAACCUCUUACUGCAUCGACAGCAUGGGGCACACCAACGGUGGCUUUGUUGAGCUUGGCCCAUGCCACAGAAUGGGAGGAAAUCAGCUUUUCCGAAUCAACGAAGCUAAUCAACUCAUGCAGUAUGAUCAGUGCUUAACUAAAGGACCAGAUGGAUCCAAAAUUAUGAUUACACACUGUAAUCAGAAUGAAUACAAGGACUGGCAAUUCUUCAAGAAUCUGCACAGAUUUACUCACAUUCCGUCAGGGAAGUGCUUGGAUCGCUCCGAAGUCCUCCAUCAAGUUUUCAUUUCAGACUGUGACUCCAGUAAAGCAACACAAAAAUGGGAAAUGAACAACAUUCUUAGUGUGUAGACAGACAAAACCUACCUACUGACGCAUUCAUUUGUACAGGACUGAAAAUAGCCUGAAAACUGCUGCAGUUAUUAACUUUGUACAGCUGUGAGCCUCCUGGCUUGGAUGAAGGACAUAGAGGAACUGUGAUUAUUACAAUAACAUUAUCAUCCGCAGUUAAUGUUUACAAACUGCUUUACCUUAAACUCUGUAGAUGUUUACAUCUUUUUGUUUUAAGAUGUUGGUAAAUUAAUGUGCUGCUAGCUAUGUUUCAUAGGAACAUAGUUAAAAGCGUUGUCGUCUUCUUUGGGAUUACACUCAGGGGUCUGAAGGCAGUUUUUUUACACACACUUGAAAAGGUUGGAGUAACCAGAUUUUCAUAGAACUUGGUGAUUAUCAACCUGUUGUAUAUUUUUAUUUAAUUUUACAUCUUACUAAGCACUGCCACAGGUUAUUAGCCAGGGUGGCCUUCUCUCACAGUCAUGCUGCUUUUUUGGAAGAUGAAUUUCAACAUAUUUAGUGCCUCUUUCCUUUCUCUCUUUCACAAGAAGAGCAUUUGUUGAAAAUUAUACAAUGGAUUUUUCUGAGCUGUCACCAGGGGUAGGGACCAACUGUAUCACCCUAUGUAAUUACUGUGUUAGCAAAGACAAAUUCCUAUGCCAGUUUGGCUGCUCUACUUCGACUGAAUGCUUUGUACGGUGGAAGGAAGAGUGUCAAGUUUAGUGCUAAUGCGGUACAUUUUAAUGGAGGUAAGCACCCUCACAAUUCCAGUUAAGAAUUUAUAAGCACUAACUUGCUUGUUUAAACCAUGCCUUACAUAAAAAUAUUUAAAAUAAACAAAAAAAAAGCUGCACGAUUAUGUAAAACUUGGAAAUAAUCAAAUGCUUCAUUUAUAUUGUUAUUUUGAAUGGAAAUCAAUUAGAGGUGGACUAAAACUUUUAAUUAGCAAAAAGCAUCCAGCUUAUAACACAUCUGCGUAGUUCAUUACAAAGACAUCUGUCAGCCAGUUUGGAUGCCAGAUUUAGAUUCGAAAAAAGAAAUGGAAAUCCUGAAACCACAUUUAUUCAUACUAAUUUUCCUCUUAUUUUUGUCAUUUGCAACUUCUCCGGAGGGAUUACAAACACAAAAAACAACUGUUCGGUGCUAUAAUGUACAGAGUAGAAUGUGAAGAAGUUGUUUCUUAAUAUAUUCUGGAAAGGAGUUGAUGCAAACUCCCUUAGGAGUAUAAAUAUUUACUCUGAAUGAAUAGAGAGGUGGAGGAGAAAUGACUUAUCCUCACUUCCUUUGUCCAGAUUUUGUGACUUAAAUGUUGACAUCAGUGUGCUGAAUUUAUAACAGUUAUCCCUAUAACAUGUCACACAAUUAAGUAUGACUAAAUACUUCCCUGAAGUCUAGAAUAGCACUGCAUGCAGCUCCCACUGAUGUUAACAAGGGUUAUGUAUCAUAUUUGGUGACAGAGUUUGAUCUUUAUAGGGCUGUCUGCACUGAUCUAUUGGUCUGGGAUCUUUCCUAGUUUCUUUAAACUUCUCAUCUAUCCUUUCAGAGCUAUGAAAAAAUAGAAAAUAAAGGAGGGAGAAACUGGAAAAAAAAAAAAAAGGAAAAUAAGGUUGUGUGCCAGUACUUGUUAAUUGUGUGUAUGAAAACUGACUCCAUUUGUGUGUUGGGUAGAUUAAUUUAAUCAUACAACUAUGCAUAAAAGAAAGAAUGGUGGCACAUAAAUUGUGUGGGUGUGCAUUUUAAAUGGGUAUUAUGUGCAAUUCAUUGAAAGCUGAUGCUGUAUGUGAAUAUGAAUCUGUAUGUGAGACUGAAACCUUACAAAACAUGAGAUCAUAAGAAGCUGUUGCUGUAAUGACUUUUUCCUACUAUAGCUGGCUUGGAAAAAAAUAAUUCCCAUACUCUUGCUUUGUAAGUUGAUGAUAAUAUCACUAUGCAUUUCUACAUAUUUUAUAAAUUUGAUUUAUGCAGAUUUUGAUACACUGUAUGUUUCUGUAGAAAUUGUAUAAAUCUUAAAAAAUUUAUUAGGGAUAAAUCUGGGAAACCUAUGUAUAUCUUACUCAUGGGUUGCUUGUUUUUUAGGUGAAGUAAAUAAAAUAUUUGAAUUUUUCGGUUUACUAUA